GGAGAGACUUCAUUUGAGUUUUCAAAUUUUCAACCCAGAGGCGGUCUUCUUUACUUAUCUUAUCUUUACGGCCAGGCAGCAGUUGUAGUUAGCAGUUAGCCACAAGUAAAUUUGUUGGGGAUUUUAUUAGGUUUUUGCUUCUUAGUAACAAACGGGGCAUAUUUAAGAAAAAAAUGGCGGAGCCACUGAAGCAAGCUUUCUUUGGAAACAAAACGGUUGAAAAGACAAAGAAAGAUCCCAAGAGGCUGUCGGUAGAGCGGAUCUAUCAGAAGAAGACGCAGUUGGAGCACAUUUUACUUCGACCAGACUCCUACAUAGGCUCUGUGGAGACUGUCACCCAACAAAUGUGGGUGUAUGAUGAGGUGCUUGGACUGAACUGCCGUGAUGUGACGUUUGUGCCUGGGCUUUACAAGAUCUUUGAUGAGAUCCUUGUGAAUGCAGCUGACAAUAAACAAAGGGAUAAGAGCAUGACCUGCAUCAAAGUCAACAUUGAUGUUGAAAACAACACCAUCAGUAUUUGGAAUAAUGGAAAAGGUAUCCCUGUGGUGCAGCACAAAGUGGAGAAGGUUUACGUACCUGCUCUCAUCUUUGGGCAACUCCUCACGUCCAGUAACUAUGACGACGAGGAGAAAAAAGUCACCGGUGGACGUAAUGGUUACGGUGCUAAGCUCUGCAACAUCUUUAGCACAAAGUUCACAGUGGAAACCUCCUGCAAGGAGUCAAAGAAGUGCUUCAAGCAGACAUGGUAUGACAACAUGGGCAGAGCUGGGGAACCUCAGGUCAGACCUUUUGAGGGAGAGGAGUACACCUGUGUGACCUUCAGACCAGACCUUCCCAAGUUUAAGAUGAGCAUCCUGGACAAAGACACUGUAGCUUUGAUGACCAGGAGAGCCUACGACGUGGCCGGAUCCACCAAGGGUAUUCGUGUGUUCUUUAAUGGCACAAAGCUUCCAAUCAAUGGUUUCCGUAGUUAUGUGGACAUGUAUUUGAAGGACAAGACAGAUGAGCUCGGUGGUCCCCUGACUGUGAUUCACGAGUCAGUCAAUGACCGCUGGGAGGUCUGUCUCACCAUGAGUGAGAAAGGUUUCCAGCAAGUCAGCUUUGUCAACAGUAUUGCCACGACUAAGGGAGGGAGGCACAUUGAUUACGUGGCUGACCAGGUGGUCGCAAAACUCAUUGAAGUAGUGAAGAAGAAGAACAAAGCUGGCGUGGCAGUGAAGCCUUUCCAGGUGAAGAACCACAUGUGGCUCUUUGUCAACUGUCUGAUUGAGAACCCGACCUUUGACUCUCAGACCAAAGAGAACAUGACUCUGCAGCAGAAGGGCUUUGGGUCCACAUGUUCCCUCAGUGCUCAGUUCAUCAAACAGGCUACAAACUGUGGGAUUGUGGAAAGUAUCAUGAACUGGGUGAAGUUUAAAGCUCAGACACUGCUGAACAAGAAAUGCUCAUCUGUCAAACACACAAAAAUCAAGGGAGUGCCUAAACUGGAUGAUGCUAACGAUGCAGGUGGAAAGAACUCCGUUGGCUGCACACUUAUCCUCACUGAGGGAGACUCGGCCAAGACACUGGCCGUGUCUGGACUGGGUGUUGUGGGAAGAGACCGCUAUGGUGUUUUCCCCCUCAGGGGAAAAAUACUCAACGUUAGGGAGGCCUCACACAAACAGAUCAUGGAGAACGCUGAGAUCAACAACAUCAUCAAGAUCAUUGGUCUCCAGUAUAAGAAGAACUACAGUGACCCUGAUUCCCUUAAGACCCUGCGUUAUGGCAAGAUCAUGAUCAUGACCGAUCAGGAUCAAGAUGGCUCCCACAUUAAAGGCUUGCUGAUCAACUUCAUCCACCACAACUGGCCGUCUCUGCUACGUCACAACUUCCUGGAGGAGUUUAUCACACCGAUCAUCAAGGUGUCUUUUAAGAAAACCCAGCUCUCCUUCUACAGUAUCCCUGAAUUCAAUGUCUGGAAAGAGUCUCAGGCCAACUACAGAUCUUGGAAAAUCAAAUACUACAAAGGUUUGGGAACCAGCACAUCCCAGGAGGCCAAAGAGUACUUCUCUGACAUGCAGAGGCACCGAAUCCCAUUCAAGUACUCUGGACCCCAAGACGAUGAAGCUAUAACUCUUGCCUUUAGUAAGAAGAAGGUGGACGAGCGAAAGGAGUGGCUGAACAACUACAUGAUGGACAGACGCCAGCGUAGAGAGCACAACCUGCCAGAGGACUACCUCUACAGUCAGACCACAAAGUCUCUUUCCUACAAUGAUUUUGUCAACAAGGAGCUUAUCCUGUUUUCAAACUCCGAUAAUGAAAGGUCAAUUCCCUGCCUAGUGGAUGGUCUGAAGCCUGGUCAGAGGAAAGUGUUGUUCUGUUGCAUGAAAAGAAACGACAAGCGUGAGGUGAAGGUGGCGCAGUUGGCUGGUUCAGUUGCUGAGAUGUCGGCCUACCAUCAUGGAGAGGUGUCACUGAUGAUGACCAUCGUGGGUUUGGCCCAGAACUUUGUGGGAAGCAACAACAUGAACCUGCUGCAGCCUCUUGGUCAGUUUGGGACCAGGCUGCACGGUGGUAAAGACUCUGCCAGCCCUCGAUACAUCUUCACCAUGCUCAGCCCUAUUACCCGCCUGGUAUUCCCGGCCUUGGAUGACAACUUGCUCAAGUACAACUAUGACGACAACCAGCGUGUGGAGCCAGAGUGGUACAUUCCCAUCAUCCCCACUGUGCUGGUGAACGGCUCUGAAGGCAUCGGCACCGGUUGGGCCAGCAAAAUCCCCAACCACGACAUCCGAGAGGUCAUCAAUAACGUCAACCGCAUGCUCAACGGGGAGGAGCCCCUGCCAAUGCUUCCAAACUACAAAGGCUUCAAGGGCACAAUUGACCAGGUGUUGGACAACCAGUUCCUAAACAGCGGAGAAUUGGCCAUCAUUGACUCCACCACCAUUGAGAUCUCUGAAUUGCCUGUCAAAAUGUGGACACAGGUCUACAAAGAGAAUGUGCUGGAGCCGAUGUUGAACGGCACAGAUAAGGUUCCAUCUCUGAUCACGGACUACAAGGAGUACCACACAGACACCACCGUCCGCUUCGUGGUAAAGAUGACCGAGGAGAAACUGAGGGAGGCUGAAGCUGCUGGCCUCCAUAAAGUCUUUAAACUCCAAAGUCCACUCACAUGUAACUCUAUGGUCCUGUUUGACCACGUGGGCAGCCUGAAGAAGUACGAGUCUGUUUUGGAUAUUAUGAAGGAAUUCUUUGAGCUGAGAAUGAAGUACUACAUGCUGCGGAAGGACUGGUUGACAGGCAUGCUGUCCGCAGAGAGCCUAAAGCUCAGCAACCAGGCUCGUUUCAUCCUGGAGAAGAUUGAGGGCACGCUGGUCAUCGAGAACAAGCCGAAGAAAGAGCUGAUCAGGAUGCUAGAGCAGAUGGGCUACGACUCUGACCCAGUCAAGGCCUGGAAACAAGCCCAGGAAAAGAAUGAGGAUCUAGCUGAUGAAGAUGAGGAGGGGGCAGAGAUGGAGCACACCAGUGGUCCAGACUACAACUACCUCCUCGGCAUGCCCAUGUGGUACCUAACCAAAGAAAAGAAAGAGGAGCUGUGCAAACAGAGGGACAGCAAGAUAACGGAGCUGGAGAUCCUGAAGAAGAAGAGUCCGUCUGACCUGUGGAGAGAAGACCUGGCUCUUUUCACUGAGGAACUAGAGCGCGUCGAGGCUAAAGAAAAGGAGUUGAUGGUCAUGCCUGCUGUGAAGGGAAAAGGCAAAGCAUUAAAGGUGAAGCGGGAGACUCUGCCUACUCCUCAGGGUCGUCGGGUCAUCCCCCGAGUCACCAGCACCAUGAAAGCCGACGCUAAGAAGAAGGUCAAGAAACCCAAGGAGGAAAAGGUCGUGAUGAAGAUGGAGUUUGAAGAAGACUCUGAGAACGUGGUUCCAGAUGAGGAGCUGGGUCUGGCUGCACGACUGAGCAAGAAGAGUAAAAGUCAGACAAAGGAAAAAGUGGUGGGUAAGCAGACCACACUCCAGUUCAAGCCUGUCACCAUGAAGGUUAAGAAAGAGUCUGAGGACAGGACAUCUGACGACGUGGCGUCUGAGAGCUGCUCCGACAGUGUUAUGGACACAGAGGCGGUGGCUGCCCCCAGGCAAAGAAGGGAGCUAAAAACUAAAGCUACAGUCCAAUACACCAUGUCAGACAGCGAUGAAGAAUUCAAUGACUGGAUGAAGAACGACGCUCAGAAAAAGAAAACUGUCAUCGAUGACGAUGAGGACAAAAGCUUUGUUCUGAAUCCUGCGACAAAGAAGAAAGCCACUGUCAGAAGGCAGGCAGUCAAGUCCAGCAGUCAGUCAGAUGAUCAGGAGUCUGCAGCCAAGGUUCCUGUUAAACCGAAAGCCACCAAAAAAUCCUCUGCUGCGGCCGGAGCCAAAAAAACAGCAGCAACCAAGAAAACGGCAGCAACCAAGAAAACAGCAGCAGAUACAAAGCAGCCUUCCAUCAUGGCGUCUCUCUCCAACUCCAAACCGUCAUCCAAGGUCGAACAGAAGAAGACGUUCUCGUUAAACCUCAGUGACUCCGAGGCUGAAAUUGGAGCUAAGCCAGCCCCUAAGGCUAAAAUCACCGCCAAGCGAAAGCAGGUUGUUAGCGAUGACUCAGACGAUAGCUCUGAUGACCUCAUGUCACGCAUCAAAUCCAAAACAACUGGUGCCAAGAAAACCAAAAAGUGGGAAGAGGAAGACAGCUUAGAGAUCCCAGGAAAAGUGACUCGGGAACCUAUGGUAUCACGGGACAAGCCGUCACGAGCCCGCAAACCCGUCACCUACAACCUGGAUUCAGAUUCUGAUGAGGAUUGUUAAAUUUUGUAGUAACUAAAAUCUUUAGACAUAACAUUUUAAACUUUUGGUGUUGAAGACUUCCAUUUAAAUACUUGAACUCGACAUUGUACACUGUUUUAUUUUAGAGUCACAAAGGAAACAUAAUAUCCUUGUUUAAGAAAAUGACAUUUUAAUGCAUGCAUCGUUUUAAAUUGUUUCGUCUCUUCUUGUCCUGUAAAUAUUUCUAUGGUUCUUUAUUUUAUAUAUCUAAAUAAACUUUUUCUUAUAA